AAGAGAGUCAAAAAGUCCAAAACUGUCCCCAGAAUUUUCUAACAAGGAGAAAACACAGACCAUAGAAAAGCCUGGCAGUCAGCUAUCUUUACUGAGAUCCAAGGAGCAAACUGAUGCUGCUGUUGUUACAACAACACUUGCUCUGAAACAGGCUGACCAACAGCCAGCACAGAUGACAGAAGAAUCUGAAAGUCAGAGGUCUGCUUUGAGUCUGAGGGAGCAAACUGAAAGUGUCAUUAUGGAAGAAACAAUGCUCAUACCAACCAGAAGAAAGUCAAAGAGUACUGAACAUACCACAACUUCACAGCACGUUGUUGCACAUAACAUAACUACUGAUGUGGAACCUGAAGAUAAUAAGAAAGAACCUGACAGCCUGAAGUAUUCUUCAACUCCACAGAUGGCCACAGAAGCAACUAACACUACUGUUGUGAAAGAAAAAAAGCUUUCUCCAACCAAAAGAAGAUCAAAGGGUCCAAAGCUCUCCCCAGAACAUGCUACAAAGGAAGUGACAGAGACAAAGAAAGAGUCAGGAAGUCAGAAGCCUUCAUUGAGCUCCGGAGACCUUACUGAAACUGCUGCUUUGGAUGAAACAAAGCGUAUAGCAACAAUUAUUCUAGAUGUAUCAGAGCCAUUCACUUCUGUCCCUGUAACAACUGAAGUUACAACAACACUUGCUUUGAAACAGGCUGACCAACAGCCAGCACGGAUGAUGGCAGAACCAGAAAGUCAGAGGUCUGCUUUGAGUCUGAGGGAGCAAACUGAAAGUGUGGUUAUGGAAGUAACAAAGCUCAUACCAACCAGAAGAAAGUCAAAGAGUACUGAACUAACCACAACUAAGCAUGAACCAGGAAGUCAGAAGCCUUCACUGAGCUCUGGAGAGCUAACUGAAACUGUGGUUGUGGAAGAAACUGAAGUUAUACCAACCAGGAGGAAAUCAAAGGGUCUUGAGGUCUCCACAGUUCCAGAGCCAGUGUCUCCCCUUGGUAUACUUACUGGAAUGGAGCCUAAGGAACUAAAACAAGAAUCUGAAAAUGAUCCCGCAACCCUAGACUUUAUUCAAAGGCAAGCUAAAACUGCUGUUGUGGAACAAAGUAAGCUUCUACCACCUAAGAGAAAGUCAAAAAGUACAGAACCUCCUUUAAAACUUGUUGACACUCAGGCACAUAAGACAAGGAUAGAACCUGAAGGUCACCAAUAUUCUUUGAGUUCCAAUGACCCAAAUAGAAGUGUUGUCAUUGAAGAAACAAAGCUUUUACCAAACAGUAGAAAGUCCAAGAGUGGUGACUAUUCCACAUCUUCCGAGACAGUUGCUACCCUUGUCAGAUUACCUGCAGUGGAGCCUGAACAAAAUAAGAAAGAACUGGAUGGUAAAAAAUCUUCAACUCCAGAUGUGGUCACAGAACCAACUGAAAGCACAGUUGUAAAAAUAGGAGAGCUUUCACCAACCAAAAUAAAGUCAAAGGGUCUGAAACUUUCCCCAGAUCUUUCUCCCACAGAGCUGACAAAGACCAAGGAAGAGCCUGACAAUCAGAAGCAAUCUUCAUCUCAAGAGGUGGUCACAACAACUGAAAUAACUGUUGUGGAUAAAGGAGAGCUUUUAUCUACCAAAGGAAAGUCAAAGAGCCUUAAACCUUCCCAAGAACUUGCUACCACCAAGCUGACAAAAACUAAGGAAGAGCCUCAUAGUCAGAAGCCAUCUUCAACUCCAGAGGUGGUCAAAGCACCAACUGAAAUUACUGAAAUUACUGUUGUGGUAAAAGGAAAGCAUUCACCUACCAAAGAAAAGACAAAGGGUCUUAUCCUUUCCCAAGAACUUGCUACCACAGUGCUCACAAAGUCCAAGGAAGAGCCUGUCUGUCAGAAGCCAUCUUCAGCUCCAGAGGCAAUCACAGCAGCAACUGAAAUUACUGUUGUGGAAAAAGGUAAACUUUCGCCAACCAAAAGAAAGUCAAAAGGUCUCAAACAUUCCCCAGAACUUGCUACCACCGAGGUAACACAAACCAAUAAAGAGUCUGACAGUCAGAAGCCAUCUUCAACUCCAGAGGUGGUCACAGCAACAACUGAAUUGUCCGUCGUGGAAAAAGGAAAGCUUUCACCAACGAAAAUAAUGUCAAAGGGUCUGAAACUUUCCUCAGAACUUGCUACCACAGAACUAAUGGAUGCUAAGAAAGAAUCUGACAGUCAGACAUCUUCAGUGUAUUCCAGAGAGCAAACUGAAGCUGCUGUUUUGGAGGAAUUUACCAUACCAGCCAGAAGGAAGCCAAAAAGUCUUGACGUUUCCACAGCUGUAGAGCCAGUCUCUGCUUUUGAUGGAAGUAUUGACCUGGAGUCUAAGGAGACUAAGGAAGAACCAGAGAGUGGCAAGGCUUCAGCUGGACAGCUAGUCACAGUAGCCACUGAAACUGCGGUUUUAACCAAAAGAAAGUCCAAGGGUCUAAACCUUUCCCCAGAACGUUCUCCCACAGAGCUGACAAAAACUAAGGAAGAGCCUCAUAGUCAGAAGCCAUCUUCAACUCCAGAGGUGGUCAAAGCACCAACUGAAAUUACUGUUGUGGAAAAAGGAAAGCUUUCACCAACCAAAAGAAAAUCUAAGUGUCUGAAACUUUCCUCAGAACUUUCUGCCACAGAACAACCAAAAACAAAGGAAGAGCCUGACAGUCAGACGUCUUUAAUGUAUUCCUGUCCAGCUGUAGAGCCAGUCUCUGCUCUUGGGGGAAGUAUUGACCUGGAGUCUAAGGAGGCAAAGAAAGAACCCGAGAGUGGCAAAGCUUCAGCUGGACAGGUAGUCACAGGAGCAAUUGAAAUAUCUGUUGUUAAAGAUGGUAUGCUUUCACCAACCCAAAGAAAGUCGAAGGGUCUCAAGCAUUACCCAGAACUUGCUACCACAGAGCUAACAAAAACCAAUAAGGAGCCAUUUUCAAUUCAAGAGGUGGUCACAGAAACAACUGAAAUGACCUUUGUUGAAAAAGGUAAACUUUCACCAACCAAAAAGAUGUUAGAGGGUAUGAAACUUUCCUCAGAACUUGCUACAACAGAGCUGAUGAGCGUCAAGAAAGAAUCUGACAGUCAAACAUCUUCAAUGUCUUCCAGAGAGCAAACUGAAGCUGCUGUUUCAGAGGAAUUUAUCAUACUAGCCAGAAGGAAGGUGGGGCCUGAAGUGCAGAUUUUACAAUUAGAUAUACCGACCAGUCCUGAGGAUGAAAACACAUCUGUCACAGGAGCAAAAAGGAUCAGACCUGUUCAAACAAGUCUCCAGAGAGAAGGAGUAGCAGAAAGCAAAGAUAUGACUGCUGCAGUUAAGAUGACCACAAUAGAAGUACAAGAAAGCGGUACUGAAUGUCAAGACAAUGUCGUUCAAACGGGCCAACCCUCUCCUGCUUGUGAAGCAUUGCCCCCAGAUGAGGCAGGGACAGAAUUUGUAGAAAUAAGCAUAUCUGAGAGACAUAUGGUGAAACCAAGCCAAACUAAAACCCAAAGUGGGCUCUUCAUAACCAUGCAGGAAAAACCCAAAGUGGUCAAGAAACAUGGUGUCCAGGAACAGCAUCCUACACUGUCGACACGUGGCAUGGACAGUGUACCCAAGAGCUUGGAUGAAAAAUCUGUUACGAUGGAGAAAAUCCAUAUGGGGCCUGAAGUGCGCAUCCUACAACUAGAUAUACCAACCAGUUUGGAGAAGGAUAAAAACACAUCUGUCACAAGAGCAAAAGAGCCUAGGGUAGAUAGUGUUCAAACACGUGUCCAGAGCGAAAGAGUACCAGAAAACAAAGAUAUUACUACUGCUUAUGUGAAACCAGCAGAAGCAGUUGAGAUGACUAAGAUAAAGGUGAAAGAAAGUAGUACUAAAUUUCAAGACAAUAUGGCUCAAAGGGACUCAGCUCAACCCACCCCUCCUGGUUCUGAAUCAUUGCAACAGCAUGAGACAGAGAGAGAAUUUAUACAAAUAAGCGUAUAUGAGCAAGACAUAGUAAAACCAAGCCAAACUGACACUAAGAUGGAACUCUUGAAACCUGCACAGGAUUGGCCUACAGAGGUCAAGGGACAUGUGGUCCAAGAAGAGCAUCCUGAAGUGUUAACACACGGUAUGCACGAUGUAACCAAGAGCCUGGAUGAAAAGUUUAUGAUGAAGAAAAUCCACAUGGGGUCUGAGGUGCACAUCCUACAACUAGAUACAACCAGUAUGGAGAAGGAUGAAAACACAUCUGUCACAAGAGUAAAAGAGCCAAGGAUAGAUGUUGGUCAAACACGUGUCCAGUGCGAAAGAGCCCCAGAAAACAAAGAUAAGACUACUCCCGAUGUUAAGCAAAAGAAGGCUGCAGUUAAGACAAGAUUAGAAGUGCAACAAAUCACAACUGAGGGGCAAGGGAAUGUGGCUCAGAGUGACUCCAAUCAACCCCCCUCUGUGUGUGCAAGGCAGCUAAGUGAUGCAGAGACAACAUUUGAAGAAAUUAGCAUAUCUGAGCAAGACACUGUAAAUCCAAGCCAAACGGUGAUGAAAUUAGAGCUCAUGAAUACCACAGAGAAAAGACCCCAAAAGGUCAAGGAUCAUGACGUGCAAGAAGUGAAUGCUAAAGUGUCAACAAAAGACGUGCAUGAUGCACCCCAGAGCCUGGAUGAAAAGUCUGUUAGGAUUGAUAACAUCCACAAAGGGGCUGAAGUGCACAUUUUACAACCAGGUACACCUGUCACUAUAAAGGAGCAUGAAAUUGCAACUGUUGCAAUAGCAAAGGUGUCAAGAAUUGAUAUAGAUCAAACAAGUAUCCAGUGCGAAACUGUGUCAAAAAACAAAGACCUGACUUCAGCUGAUGUUCAGCCAGAAAAGACUAAAGAUAAGAUGACCAUGGUCGAAGUGAAGACCAAAGAAAGACUCAAGGAUCGCAGUAUCCAUGAAAAACAUGCUGAAGUGUCAGCACAUGACAUGCAUAAUGUAUCCAAGAGCCUGGAUGAGAAGUCCGUUACAACGGGAGACAUCCACAUCAGUGUACAUGAUUACAAAACUGUCACAAUAGAAAAGGAACCUGAGAUGGCAUUACGUAUUCUGUUUGAGACAGUUAAAGAAAGCAAGGAUGUGACCACCACUGACAAGUCUUCAAGUGAGAUGACCUGGGUUGAAGUGCAAGAAAGCUUUACUGAAUCCCUGUCUGAACCCAGUGUGGUUCCUCGUGCCCAAACAGAGAGACUCACAACAGAUGCAAAGGCAAAUAAGAAGGAAGAGAAGGAGGGGAAGAGGACAAUUCAGAAAGAAGAAAGAGAAAUGAUGGUCAAGUUGGAUAUAAAAAAUGCUCCACUCCCAAUGGCCAAGACCUCUACCACUGGUGAAGUGACGCUGCAGAGAAUGGAUUCGCCACAGGAUAAACCACUUGAGGAUGCUCCAGAGGCUCUGAUUACAUCCACCAUUGAUCUGGACAACCGUCUAAGCAGGCUAGUGUCUCGAAUCCUGAGCUGCAAGAACCACCCAGCUGAGCUCAACCCAACAGCCAUGGCCCAGCAGCUGAAGGAAGCUCAGCAGUGCAGAGAGACUGCCCAGGAACAGGUGUCAUUGCUCUCUCAGCUGAGAGGAGCCGAUGCUGAGAACAGUGAUGCUCUGGAGCAUGUGGAGGACCAGUGGAGCACUGCUGCUCAGGAUGCAGCUGCUGUCAUCCAGAGUAAAGAGGCCCAGCUGCUGCUGGUGACUGAUCACUGCAGACAGACCAAAGCAGCCAGGACCACGCUGGAAAGACUGACAGCAGAAUUGGAUGCUGUCAGAAUGUCCCCAGAGGAGAGCAGCUCCAAGGAGGCAGAGCGACUGUGCUCCUUACAGAGGAGUAUGGAGGAGAACAGAACAGUACUGGGGGAGUUGCUCGUGACCCAUACCAAGUUAUAUCCCCACCUCAGCUGGUCUAAGCGAGCACUCGCACAGACUGAGCAGAAUAACCUGCAAGAGAAGUGGAGAAGCCUGGAAAGAGCUGUGGAGAGGACCUUGUAUCACACAAAUGUCCAUUUUCACGAGACCAGCAGCCUUCAGUUGGCAAUAUCAGAUCUUCAGGAACAUUUGGAGACAAUCGGCAAAGACCUUGAAGCCAAGUCUCCUUCAGUUACUCAGUGGAACUGCAAGAAGGCACAGCAGCUGAUGGUCGCAAAUGCUGAGGUUAAAGCUGCCUGGCAAAAAUACCUUCAUCUGCAGCAGCUGUUGGAGGCGCUACUCCUCGGCUCACAGUGGGAGAAGGAUACAACAGAGAUACAGAAGGGGCUUCAGAGCGUCAAAGACCAACUUUGCCACACAGAGGAACUAGUGUCCUCUCAAACUCAGAGCAGCAGCAACGCCGUCAUGGAGAAAAUGAUGGUGGUGAUGAGGGAUGGCCUGGUCUGGGCGAAGCAGACAGAAAGUGAGAUUGAUGGCCGGAGGAAAAGGGUCGCUCUCUUCCCCGAGGAGGUGCACCGGCAGCUCAGAGAUCUGAAGAAGCUGCAGUCUAAGGUCAUGGCCAAACAGGGCCAACUGGAGACACUGGUGGAGGAGGUGACAGAGCUCCUUUCACAGCUGGACCAGGCUGAGGAGGUGCCCAUGGUGCGCUCCUCUCUGAAAUCCCUCCAAGAACUCUCAAAGUGGACGUCUGAGAAGCUAGCCAAGGCUGUUAGAGAAAUAGAGUCCGGACUGCAGACCAGAGAGAAGCUGUCAGAGCAGAUUGCUGACCUAGACUCCUGGGUUUUGGCUCAUCUGCACAGAGAGGCCUCCAGGAGUCCAGACAGUGAGCUGAGGAGCCCUGCUGAACUGGACCGCAGAGUUCGUCAGAUCCAAGAGACCCUGGCUGAGGCAGCGAAGCAGGCCGCUGUCUGUGAGGCUCUUCUAAUGAAGAGUAAAGACAUUGCCUCUGAACUCAGCAUCACAGAGAACUGUUGGCUUUUCGACAAGCUUACCAACCUCCAGGAGGACAUCACAGCCAUCAGCAGCUGUGAGAAGGCCAACAAAAAGGAGCUGGAUGAACUCAACCAGACUCUAGAUUCCAGCAAGAAAAACCUGGUCACCAUAGAAACAAGCCUGAGGCAGAUGCUAGUAGAUCUGAGUAGAUACAGGUUCCCCAUCACAAGCAAGUCCCUGCAAGCUUUGGAGCCUUCCAAACACAUGAUUUUGGAGCACAAGUCCCAGGUUGACCUUCUGCAACAUUGGAUUCCCCAGGAAAAGACUAGGGAACUGUACUCAGUCACUUCUGAACUUCUCAGCAAAAUGGUCACCCUGGAAAUGAAAGCUAGAAGCCAUGAGAGGUACCUGAACAACAGGCAGUGUGUGGAGGACCUCAGGGAGAAUGUUCAGGAGCAGGUCCGUCAGGCCAAAGAUGACAGCCUGGCACUGGACGAGAAGUACCAAGUCUGUCAGACCCUCCUCGUCCAGCUUCCUCUUAUAAAGUAUAUGUCUGAGGAGGCUGGCUUCAAACUCCAGAUGAUCUCCACUGAUCUUUACCCGUCACAGCUGAGCACAGAGCGACAGAGACUGAAACAAAACGAGGGGAGCAUUGACACCUUGGAGAUGAUGCUCUACAACAACCUCAGCAUCAUGGAGUGGAACCUGCUGAAAGAUCUGGACCUGGACUCCGAGAAGGCAGCCACUCAGGCCUUCCUCUGGAAGAGCCAGCAAGAGCUCCAGAAACUCCCCAUGUUGGAGCCAAAUGAAACCGAAAUUAACGACGAGUACCAAAGGAUCAUGUCUUUGAAAAAGACUGUAGAGUCCAGAAUGAGAGCACUGGAGGUUCUAGAGCAAAAGAAGGGAAAGAGACAAAGACAUGGAUCCCAAGAUCUGAUAGACUUAAAGAAUGCAGUCCUCUGUGAAUGUGACUCACAAAUGGAGAACGUCUGCCAGGCCAAGGAGUCUCUGAGAGGCUACACGUGUGCUGUUCAACAAGCAGCACAGUUCCUGAGGGACAUCGAGGUCUCUCUGCUGCCGCCACAGGGCUCUGCUGGACUCUGUUCUGGACGACUGGAGGAAACCCGGCAGGCUUUGGCCUCACUGCAGCAGCAGUUCCAGACCCAUGUGGAGCGACUCCAGAGCCAAGUUACCCUGCACCCUUACCUGUCCCCCCAGAAGGUGGAGCAGCUCCAGGAGAAAAUUCUCAGCCAGCUCCUGGUGAGGAUGUCUACUCUUCAGGCAAAGGGACACAUACGACUGGAGUGUCUCAGCAGUUGCACAGAACUUCACAGAAAAUACACCCAGUGCCAAGAUGAGAUCAUCCAGAGUGUGAAGAGCGCAGAGAACAGCCUCUCCCAGUUCAUCUGUCAAAAGGUCACCUGUCUCGCUGACUGCACUGACCAGCAAACCAAGCUCAGAGUUCUGUCUGAGGAUCUUGAGUCCCUGCAGAGUCGUCUGGCGGAGCUGAAGGAAUGGUGCCCAGAGCAGAGCUGUCGUGGAGGCAGGGAGGCCGCCGUGGCUGCUGUCUGGAAACACGUAUCAAGACUACAUCGCUACACUCAACAGCUGACAGCUCGUAGUGAACGGAGGAUUGCAGAAUGUAGUGAAAUCACUAACAGUGUGGUGAAGGCCUCGGCUCUCUUGCAGCAGGUGGAGGCAGAGCUCCCUGAUGGCUCCCGGGUGAAGGCCUCCACCGAGGACCUGCAGGACCUGCUGCAGUCCUGGGAACAGUACCAGGACAGACUGGACUGCGAACAUCGAGCCCUGUCGGCACUGGAACUGCGCACUGCCAGGCUGCUGGGUGUCCCUGCCCACCUGGAGCAGGCUCCGCCCACUCCGCUCUGUCAGCAGCUGCAGGCCAUACAGGCUCGAUACGGCAGUGUGAAGCAGAGAAGCAGGGAGGGUUUGAAGGCAGCCAGGAUGGAGCUGGAGGAGAGAGAAAAGGUCCGGUUGGAGCUGCAGGCCGUCCGUGUUUGGCUGGAGGCUGCAGAUGGUCUUCUGUCAGAGAUGGAGCAGAGCAGCAGCACGGAGGAGCUUCAGGAGGUUCACAGCGAGCUGUGUAACCAGAAGGCUUUAUUGCAGCGCAUCAUGGAGAGCCUGAAGAUGAAGUACUCAGACAUGUACACUCUGGUCCCGGUGGAGAUCGACAGCCAGCUGCAGGAGGUCACACACUCACUGCAGCAAGUAGAAGUUAAGGUGGGAGAGGCAGUGGAGCAGAGCGGUCCCAUCCACAGGCUGGGGGCGAAGCUGUCUGAGGUCCAGGCUGGCCUUACGUCAGUUCAGAAAAGACUUGACCAGAGAAGUCCCAAUGUGACUGUGGCAAAAAUCACUCAGAAGCGUGUGUGGGAUGAGCUGGACUUAUGGCACUCGUGCGUGGCGGCGCUGGAGGUGGACAUGCAGGACUUGGAGAAGCCAGAAGAGGUGCUGACCCUCACUGAGAGACUGGUGGAGGUCCAGCAGCUCCACUCCCAGCUGGCCAAACAGGCGGAGCAGAGGACCACCCUCCUCAGCAAGAUCCAAACGUGGCUUCAGGAGCAUCAGGAGAUGAUCAGCAGCUCUAAAAGCUGGAUGGAUGAGGCCAAGUCGUGGCUCGCCACCCCCUGCACCUACACCACCGCUAAAUGUCUGAGCAGCCAUGUUCACACUCUGCAGAUGGUGUUGGAUGACUCGGCACAGAUCCGAACCACUCUGCAGGGCUUUGCCUCAGUCCUGAAGGAAAUGUCACAGGUUUGUGACGUCACAACUCUCCAGGAACAACUGGACGAAGCCGAUCACCAAGUGGCCAACGUUCAAGACCGCUUCAAUGCUCCUCUGUCUUACCUGGGGCACGCUGCGGACGAGGUGGAAGCAAUUGAGAUUGAAGUCAGACAGAUGGAGAAUGAUGUGGCUGAGAUCAAGAUCUUAUUAUCGUCUCCAGAGACUUUCCCCAGCCCCAGAGAAGAAAGCCUCAAGGCUGUGGAACAGAGGAUCCAGUGCAUGAGGAGGACCGUAGCUGAGAUCCAGAAGUGUAAACCAGGCCUCUGUCUUCCAGAGAAGGCUGAAGACACUCUGACUGUCUUCACUGUCGUGGACCAGCUCCAGACUCUGCUGCUGGAACUGGAAAAGAAGGUCCCUGCUCUGUUCAUCCAGCAGCCUUCCACUCCGGUCCAAGCCAAAGCUCCAUCAGAGCAGAUGACCUCACAGCCUCAACGGGGCCUCCUGGAAUCCACUUCAGAGGAGGCUGAGAAGGACGACAUGGAACAAGGUCAUAUCCGAAUUGUCCAUGUUAAAGAGGACGUACUGAAGGGAUCUGGAGCGUCACGGCUUAAUGUGGAACAGUCCUCACCUGAACAGAGACCGUCCCGGACACCUGACAGCACUGAGCAGAGGGAGCAUGACGGCGUGCUCCAGGCUGAGGAAGCCACAGAGCACAGAAAGGAAGAAGGUGGAGGAGGUGUUUUAUGGUGGCUCUGGGAUGCUUUCCUGGCUGCUUCGCCAGAGGAACCUGUGGCCGUUGUCCCAGAAGAGACUGAAGGUGCCGCUGGACAAAGCACUAAACAGACUGGAGAAGACAGACAGGAUGUUGAGGGUUCCCCUGACACCACAGAAGCAAGUUCAUCUGAAGCUUUGUCAAAACCCCUGGGCACAGUCCGAACUCAGUCAGUGCCUGAGAGCAUGGUAAACACAACAGCCUCCACCGUAAAAGUCUCCAAACCAGACGCUGGGCCCCAGCAGAAAUGUGUAGUCUCCUAGAUCUAGAACUUGUAUCACUAGAACUUCUCACUUCUUCUUGAUCAAAGCAUUGCACUUUCAGCUUCUUCUAAAGCCAUGUGCAGAACCCCCCAGAAACUAGCAUAGACAUUACUGCUUCUUCUAGAAUCAUCCUUAGACUUACAGGUUUUACUCUAGAGCCAAUCCAAGAACUCCCAUGUAUUCUGAAACCAAUCACAGUGCCCCCGACCUCUUCUAGAAUCUACCCUAGAAUCCCUGUUGUGUUCAGACCUAUGGUUCAGACCUGUCAUUCCUUCUAGACCCAGAACACCAAUGUUUACAACAUAUCAUAGCUCUCUCAACGUCUUCCAGAUAUAACCUUAGAACUCCUCUAGAAUCAGGCCUAGAUUUCAAAGCUUCCUCUAGAAUCUUAUGGAGGUCCUUGGAACUCCCAGUUCUUCUAGAACAAACAAAUGUAGAGUCUAUAAUUUCCACUUCUGACAGUAUAAUUUCCCAAUGCUUUCUAGGUCUAACUAUAUAACUCCCUAUAGUUAGCCUUCAUGUAGAAUCUUCUAAAACAAGCCCUGGAACCCUUACCAUACUUCUUGCAGAACACUGGGACUCCCUAAUUCUUCUAGACCAAAGUCCAUAACCCCUCCUUCUACACUCAGAUCUAGAACUCUAUAUGUAUUGUAGAGCUCUUGGCUUCUGUCUAGAACCAAUUUUUUUUUUUCCACAACCAAACCUCCGAACUCCUCACAUCUUCCAGAACCAAAUCUAGAACAUUUCUUCUAGUGUCCUCUGGAAUGCUUGUAGAACAAGACUUUUUCUAGAACUGUUUUCUCUACAACUAAACUCUACCAAAUCUAGAGCACCUGAAUUGUUCUUGCACCAAUUCUAGACAUUUAAAUUGUUCUUGAAAUGUCUCAACCAUCAGUGCAUUUACAUGGCAAAGAAUUCUAGAUAUUGGCUUCCAACAGUACAGUGUAACAGUUAGUUUACAUUUGAAAUUUGAAUUAGGGUUUUUCUAACUGCAUUAUGAAAAAUAAAAUAGAGGACAGGACUAAGUACUUUAAUUGAAUCAGAUUACUCCCCAAAUUACUUUUUUGUUUUUGACUACUUAGCUCGUUCAUCCUGAGAAUAAUUCUGCCUGUUGAUUGAAGAGUGGUCACAACUGAGAUGUGGCUCAAGAUGACAGCACAUUAUUUUGUAACUAUGUGAGAAGUGGUUGACAGUGACUGUUACUACUUUACCAAAAACAGAAAGCAGACUGGUCGUAUUUAGCAUGUGGGGUUGAUGGGUUUUGGUCUGUAAUAUGCAAGGACCGUAAUUCUGAUGGGCAACUAUGUUUUUAUAAAAGGCAGAAACAAAGUGUACUAAUAGACAUAUUUUGUGAACCAUGUUUUUAUAAUGUAUCAUAUGGUGAUUUAAAAUAGUUAAACGUUUUGAUUGUUGACCUUUCAUUUACUAUCUGAGCUCAUUUACCUGCACUUAAAUAAAAAAACUUGCUUGCUUACAUGCAUCUGCUAUUUGAAUUUCCAUAAGCUGAACAUGAUAAUAAAUUGUUGUUUACAGAGCUCAUUACCUGAAUAAUUAUUACUUUAAUGAAUUGCCCAGUCACUGCUGGCAGCAGGAGAGUGUGGAGAAAGAUUCCCGCUUUGUUAUGAAUCAGAAUAUUUACUUUCACCCAACGCAGAUUUUGUACUUCAUAAAGUUACCUUUUCUGAGAUGACUGUGGCCAUGAAAAUGCACUGGUGUGACACAAUGACUGAUUAACACGCUACUGUUGGCAGGUGAAAACCAUGGGAUUACACAUUUAGUUUUAGUAUAGUAUUUCUUAAUCAGAGGAAAUGUACUCAAAUAAUAAAACAUUAUUUUGCUUGCUUUUUGCAAGAUUCUUUAAGGCUCAUUUAUAGUUUAUAGUUCAUUCAUAUCAAUCUAAAACCAGUAACAAUACACAAUACGUUGCCAUUCUUGGAUACAAGGUUUUCACCUGGAAGCAGUGGUACUGAGAUGUCUUACAUUACAUGGCAUGUGCUGUACUUGUACAUUGUUCCACUUUUGUCUAUCCAUUCUGUCUACAUAUCCAAACAAGAGCACAAAUACAAAUAAACCCACAACAAUGAUUUA